CUUCCCUCCGCCUGCACGUGCGGCUCCAUUUCCUUCCGCGCUCGCGUCCGGUCGCCGCCGCCCCCCAUCCCCGCUCGGGUUCAUUUCGGCGGCAGGAAGACAGACCCCGCUUGGAAACCGAGGGCGGGGUGACCCCGCGCCACGAACCAGACGGCGUCUCCGGGCAGGGCUCCCCGCUCCACGUCCGCGGCCGGCCGUGCGGGGCCGCCGGGGCCCGAAGGACGGCAGAUCGGGGCCCGCGCCCCGCCGGCACUGGGGGCGGGGCGGGUUGGGGGGGGGGACCAGGCCCCGCCCCCGCGGCCCCUCUCGGAGCGCCCGCACACCUGCGCACCCCUCCCGCCGUCCCUCCCCCAUCCCCGCUGGGAGUGUCCGGGGGCCUCGCCUAGCCAGGUCCGGACGCGCACCCGACAGCGGCGCGGGGACGCCGGCCGGGAUCGCUCCGUCCGGCUGCAGCGGCCACGGCCGGGGCGCCUUGUCGGGGCUGGGAUUGGGGCCAUGCUGGGCCGGCGGCGCGUCUUCGCCGUGGAGCCGCUGGGCGGCCGGGAUGGGGCUGGCGAGGACCUGGCACGUGGUUGUGUAGUGCCUGGAGUCACCAGCACCUACAGACGGAUCCCGGAUGCCGCUCCAGGGUGGUCGGCAGAGCCCUGCAAGGGGCACGGCAGGCUGAGAGCACCCGGGAGCCAGGUGCCGCUUCUCAAACUGGCCUCCCAGGACUCAGGAGUGGAGAUGGCGGUUGGGGACAGCUCCCUAGCCACCUCACCGGGCCUUUCUCAAGACUCUCUGAACUUUGAGCCCACGCGGAGCGCUGAGCCCCUGGCCCUUGGUGCCAUGCAGCCUCCUGCCCACCUAAGCCGGCUUCUAGCCAGCCGUAAGCUGGAGCAGGUGCUGGAGCGGUCCCGCCAGCUCCCGACUUCCUCUGCUAGCUUGUCACACCACCGCUCCCCAAAGCCGCCAAGCAACCCUGAGUGUGAAAUGCCCCUUUUUGGAGCAGGAGGACAGGAGGCCACCGAGGCAGAGAGUGACCUAGAGGCAGGCCUGGAAGAAGCAGAGGUGGUGGGGGGCUUGGGGCCUGAAGCCUGGGCCUGCCUCCCAGGGCAGGGUCUUCGCUACCUGGAACACCUGUGCCUGGUGCUGGAGCAGAUGGCGAGGCUGCAGCAGCUCUGCCUGCAGCUGCAGACUCGGAGGGGCCCUGGGGUGAGUGAGCUGUGGGCAGUCGGGCCAGCGGGCAGGCAGGAUCCUAAAGAGGAGGAGAAGCCGGCCCUGGCGCCUUCACCUCCACCCUCUCACGCCCCGGGCAGUGAGGUACACGGGCAGUGGGAGCGGCUCAGCCAGACAGAGGAGACAGGAGCAAGGACAGCUUCCGCCCCAAAGGUAGGGGUGCCCAGCGCCAGCCCUUCCAGGCUGUCAGAGGCCCUGGCAGAGCCAGCUCACACCUUUCCAUCCUCCCAGGGACACAGGCGGGAUCUCUCGCACUGGAACAAGGUCAAGGUCCUGCUCAACCGGAUCCGGUGGAGGAGCCCUCGACCUGCUGAACCCGCUGCCCCUUGUGAUGGCUCUGCCCCCAGGAUUGCAUCAAGGGACCUCCCUGAAAGGCCUGCAGGCCAAACCCUCCAGAAGACCUUUAUGCCAUCAUUAGUGGUUAAGAAGCAACGAGCAAAAAACGUUACUGUAUGCUGAGACUUCCUGGUGCAGGGAUGUAACCCCAGCUCGGGGGGAGUGCAGUGAAGUCUUCUUCCUCGCCCUCUGCCCUGUUGCUGCUUCUGGGCACUGCCAGGAAAAGCUGUUGAUGCUCAGUUUUCUCUCUGAGGCGAGGGCUGAGUCUUUCUCCUCUGAGCAGCCAAGGAACCCUGGGUCCCUGAGAGGCCCCAAGGUGCAGCAGCUCUUGGGCUCCUCCCUGGUCGCCAGAAAUCCCUGGGCUUAGGCAAUGUGAACUUACUGAUUCAUCUGGCGUCCAUGGAGUGUGUUUGGCGUGGUGAUCUGUCGGGGCCCAACGUGUCGCUGGGGACUGUGGGACUGUCAGUGUUGUGAACUGGCUGGAUCCAACCAUCUCUCUGGAAUCAUGCACUCAAAGAGUCAGUCUUCAGGGUGAGGUAACUGCAGAACGAUGGACUUGACCUUCACUCCUGAGCAGGCAGUUACUGAUCUGGAGUCCUCCCUUCCUCCUCAUGCUUGCAUGGGCAGCCCCAGGACAGAGAAGGGUGCUCUCUUGGCUGCCUCUGCAUUGAAUCUUGCCUGAAGACUGUACCAGGGAUGGGAGUCAAGGACAACAUGGGGAACAGCAGAGUAAUCUUCAAGGUCUAUUCUCAGCUGCUUUACUCCUUACUAGCCUUUCCACAUCACAGCUGAAACCAGAGGCCCAUACUAGCUUUUAGACCUUGACAAAAAUCCCUUAACUUUUCUGAGCCAUAGCUUCCCACUUAAUCUCCCAAAUGGUAUAAUGAUGCCUGUCCUACCUACCUCACAGUCUUGUUUUGAGGGUAAAGUGAGAUUAAACUAUC